UAGGGUUUUUAGGCCUUUAUGGUUCUUCGCUUUCAGGCUUUCAAUGGAAAGCAGUUGUGGGAGCAGUAGCGAGUGGAGGGCAGAGGAAGCCAUUGGUGGCAAUGCCGAAGCUCUUGAAGCUCUCAGGGAACUCAUCACUUAUCCCCUCCAGUAUUCUCGUGAGUCUCGAAAGAUUGGCCUUAAGUGGCGCAGAGGGUUGCUGCUUUAUGGUCCACCAGGAACCGGAAAGACAAGCUUGGUGCGUGCUGUUGUUCAAGAAUGUGGUGCAUCCUUGACCAUCAUUAGUCCACAUUCUGUCCAUAGGGGGCAUGCUGGAGAAAGUGAGAGAAUUCUGCGAGAAGCUUUUUCAGAAGCAUCACUUCAUGCAUCAUCAUCAGACAAGCCGUCAGUCAUCUUUAUCGAUGAGAUUGAUGCACUUUGUCCGCGUCGUGAUUCGAGGAGAGAGCAGGACAUUCGUGUAGCUUCUCAACUCUUCACAUUGAUGGAUGCCAACAAGCCAUCUUCUAAAGCUCCUUUGCAGGUCGUUGUCGUGGCUUCAACUAACAGGGUGGAUGCAAUCGACCCGGCGUUGCGAAGGUCAGGGCGUUUUGAUGCUGAGAUUGAAGUCAAGCCACCUAAUGAAGAGGAGCGCUUUCAAAUCCUGAAGCUAUAUUCAAAGAAGCUCCCUUUGGAUGCCAGUGUUGAUUUACAAGCUAUAUCUGCAUCAUGCAAUGGAUAUGUUGGUGCUGAUUUGGAAGCUUUAUGCCGGGAGGCUGCAAUGUCAGCAGUACGUAGAUCUUCAAAUAUAUGUAAAGAUGGUGGCUUAUGCAAUUUGACAAUGGAUGAUUGGAAGCAUGCUAAAUCUGUAGUUGGUCCAAGCAUAACAAGAGGUGUAACUGUGGAAAUCCCUAAAGUCUCAUGGGAUGAUAUUGGAGGAUUAAAAGAUUUGAAGAAAAAGCUUCAGCAAGCUGUUGAGUGGCCGAUUAAGCAUGCUGGUGCAUUUUCAAGAUUGGGAAUAUCGCCAAUACGCGGGGUUCUUUUGCAUGGACCUCCAGGUUGCUCAAAAACUACUCUUGCUAAAGCUGCAGCUCAUGCUGCCCAAGCUUCAUUUUUCUCUUUGAGUGGCGCAGAAUUGUACUCGAUGUAUGUUGGAGAGGGAGAAGCAUUGCUACGUAAUACAUUUCAAAGAGCUCGCCUUGCUGCACCAAGUAUAAUAUUCUUCGAUGAGGUUGAUGUCCUUGCUGCCAAACGAGGUGGUAGUUCGAGCAGCAACGUUACAGUGGCAGAGAGACUUCUUUCUUCCUUACUGACUGAAAUGGAUGGUUUGGAACAAGCUAAGGGAAUUCUUGUUUUGGCUGCUACGAAUCGCCCCCGUGCAAUUGAUGCUGCACUGAUGCGGCCUGGUCGCUUUGAUCUAGUGCUUUAUGUACCACCACCAGAUUUAGAAGCCCGCCAUGAGAUACUGCUUGUGCAUACGCGUAAUAUGAAGAUAUCAGAUGAUGUUGAUCUCAGACAAAUAGCAGAAGAUACUGAGCUAUUCACAGGGGCUGAAUUGGAGGGUUUGUGUAGGGAAGCAGGUAUGGUGGCUCUGCGUGAAGACAUCUCUGCUGCUGUUGUGUCUAACAGUCAUUUUCAGAUUGUAAAGGAUUCAUUGAAGCCAGCAUUAACCAAAGCAGACGUCAUCACAUACGCAUCAUUUAAAAACAACACAUCAUCAUUGAGAUUUUCUGAUCAGGUUGGAUCAAGCACCAAACAGAAAAGCAAUUCUACAAAGAAAUUUGUGGGUACAUUUAUAAUUGGUAUCACAAGUUCUUUGUUAAUAUUUGCUGCUAAAUAUCUUAUAAUUACAGAUCAAACUAUAAGUGAUUUAGCUACCACCUGAAGGAUAUGCUAACAAUCUCUCAGUAUAACAUGCUAAAGAUUUGUUGCUUUCAUCAUGUUUUAUUACACUCGGUUACUAGAAAAAGAA